AUCUACACCUAUUCGAUCGAUACUAUCGAAUAUCGUGCUCAAGGGAGAAGUAUUUUGCUAACGGCGACUAAUUUAUUAACUAAAAAGUUCACAUGUAUCAAAAAAGUAAACCAUGGGCACUGUUCAGAAAUACAGAUAAAAGCGAGUAUUGCGCAUUAUUCAUGGCAGUUAUUUUCGCUACAAUAGUUGGAGCCUUACUACCCGUUCAUUCUCUUAUACUGAGGGGUGUAGUCAAUGACUUCACCGAGGAAAUUUUUCUCAAAGAAAGCAUCUAUGUAUAUUCUAAAUGGUUUGCUCUUGUGGGUGUUACAGUGUUAUUAUUAGCAUUCGGUCAAGAUUUCUUGAUCAAUUUGUUCACAAUCAGGCAAAUUAACCGAAUUCGUUCGCUGUAUUUCAGAGUAAUGUACAUUUUCCAGUCUUUUCAAAUUAUAAAUAUUUCGGAAUAAUUUUCUCACCGGACUUUAUUGUUCAUGUCAGCUGAUAUCAACUAAAUAUUUAGUAUCUAGGUUGACGUUUACUUUGAAAUCAACGAAUGGUUAUUUUUUCAAGCGAAUUCAUAAGGGUUUUUAUCUCAGAGAUUUCUAUGUGCUAGUAUAUAAUUGAAAACUCUACCGUUAGUCAAGUUGUAACUUUGUUUAAAAUCCAUCUACUAGUUUCAACCGUUGUCAAGUUCACUCAAUACAUUUGAGAAUGGAAUAAACUGCUGAGAGCAAAUAUCGAGAUAUAUAAUUGGUUUGUGUAACCACAUGUCUGUCUUAAUUCACCUACAUAGUUUACUUGGAAAGAAAGAAAGUUCUACCUACAAUGAAUGAAAGUGAAUGCUUAAUAAAUGAACAUGGUCUAUUAUCGUAAAAAUAUUUCACAACACGUUUGUUUUUGUAACAGAUAUUUAAUCUAUCUUGUUAUUUACAUCAGUGCUAGCAGUAAGUCGACUAUGUUUUUUAUUAUUUACGUUUUCUGGAGCAUUAUGUUACAGGAAUCAUUGUUUAUAUAAAACAUGUUAGUAUUAGAUGACGUAUUAAUAAGCAAGAAUGAUAGUCUGGAUGAAAACCAACUAAAAUAGUGUCUCGCAUUCCAAAUGCAACUCAAAAUGAAUUCAUUUUACAUGCUAAUGUCUAUGAGAUCUAAGAGAGUAUGUUUAUUUAACUGCUUCUUGAAAGUUGGUUUUAUUUUUUAAACUACACUGAAUGAGCAACUGUAAUAACAACAAAUGUUUUCUAGCGCAUUCGAAUACAGAGUUGGUAUUGUACAAGGAAUAACUAAAUAAUACUACAUAUAGUUCUGAAAUUCAUAAUCGUUUAGACAAAAUUUAGUGUUCAUUAAAUUGACUGUCAAGAGGACAGAGUGCUGAAACUUUUAUUGUAGCCAAGUUAAGGUCAUAGAAAAUCUUGCGACGUGGUGAUCUAGUGUUUUUGUUAACGAAUCUCUCCCAAUUCUCAUUCGGUAGUUACGGUUGAAUAAUAAGAAGCUUACUGUUAAUUGAAAUUAUUUUGAACACAUUUUAUCUUAUUGCUUAGUCUUAUGUCAGGCGUUUGGUUUGAAAAUAUCAGUAAGAAAACUAGGCUUAUUCAAACCAGUUAAUAUGACCUCAAGCUCUAUGAACGAUUCACGAUGACAUUGUAGAGGCGUGCAGAAAAACUAGUGAUUUAGCAAAUAAUAGCAAACUUUUCUGAACAAGCUUUAAUGUCGGAAGGCAAACUAGGUGAGUUCUGCUUUGUUUGGAAAUAAAAAUUUGUGCUUUAAAUAACUGAGGCAUAAAAUUUUCUGGUUAUUUCUCAUAGAAGUAAAUGUUCGGUUAUUUAGUAUGCCAAUCUGUUUAGAUUUAAUGAAAAACAUUGCCAACUGUUAUUUUUCAGAGCAUUUUACGCCAGGACGUUGCAUGGUUUGAUGAACAGUCAUCUGGAUCACUCAUCAGCAAACUAUCUCAUAACAUUGACAACAUUCAACUAGGGAUGGGUUCAACAUUGACCGAUUUCAUUAAAAACUUGUCUGGAUUCAUAGUAGGUAUUAUAAUUAACUUCGCAGUGGGGUGGAAACUUGCCUUGGUUGCUUGCGCUAUACUGCCCAUCAUCGGUGCAGUUUUUGGGUGCUUUGGGUUUCUGAUGAAAUACUUCACCCGCAAGGAAAUAGUUGCAUACGCACGCGCUGGUGCUGUUGCCGGCGAAGUCCUAGAAGCUAUACGCACCGUUGUUGCGUUCGGUGGAGAGAAAAGGGAGUUGAAAAGAUACCGUGAGCAACUGGGAACGGCAGAAAAAGCUGGGCUGAAGAAAGUAGUGGCAUCAGGUGCAGUUAAUGGGACAAUUGGACUGACUGUGUUUUGUUCUACUGCUCUACUAUUUUGGUAUGGCUUUAAAUUAAUAGUAAAUGAAGAUUAUGACGCUGGAGCUAUUGUGACGAUUUUCGUGAAUGUUCUUUUAGGAAGUGUUUUCCUGGGUAACGCUCUACCAAGUUUUCAAUAUUUUAUGAACGCACAGGCGUCAGCCACUGAAAUUUACAGUAUUAUCGAGCGUGUCCCGGAAAUUGACAAAGACUGUCACGGAAGGCUGAUUCCGAACUUUUCUGGGAACGUCACAUUCAGAAAUGUUUCUUUCGCAUACCCAAGUCGACCAGAUAUUGCAGUAUUAAUCGAGGAUGAGGACAUCAAGAAUCUGGACCUGAAAGCUUAUCGUAAUCAGAUAGGCUGUGUACAGCAAGAACCGGUACUUUUCGAAGGAACUAUCAGUGAUAACAUAAGGUUAGGGAAGCUGGAUGCAACUCAAGAUGAGAUAGAAGAAGCUGCAAAGCUUGCCAACGCUCACGGUUUCAUUCAACAACUCCCAGAUGGAUACGACACUUUUGUGGGUGAAAGAGGUGGCGGAAUGUCAGGUGGUCAGAAGCAACGUAUAGCAAUCGCUCGAGCUCUUAUUAGAAAGCCGAAGUUGCUGCUGUUGGAUGAAGCAACGUCCUCACUUGACGCAAAAUCAGAACGUCUUGUCCAAAUGGCUUUGGAUAGAGCGAUUGAGGGGAGGACUGUGGUAGUUGUUGCUCAUCGUCUUACAACAGUUCGUAAUGCUAAUUUGAUAGUCGUGCUUGAUAAGGGAGUGGUUCGCGAAUCUGGGACACACGCUGAACUUGUAGCUGAAAACGGUCUUUAUGCUGCGAUGCUUAGUAAUCAGAGAAUAUUGGAGAGUGCUGAGAACGAUGACAAUGAAUUAUUGGAUGAAGGAUCUCGAAAUAAAUAUAUCGUCAGUGGAAAAGACUUGUUGACGAAAUUAGACGAUAUUUGUAAAAUGGAUAAUGGUGAGGAUAGUGUAUCUGAAACCACUGGAAAUGUUCCAUACGGGAAUUUUUCCCUUAUUUCAACAAUUUCGAUUCUACGUAAUCAAAGAAAAAAUAUCAAGCUUUCUCCGACAUUAAGGGUUUUAAAACUUAAUAGACCUGAACUACAUCUGAUAGUUUUAGGAUGUAUUUGCUGUGUGAUUAGUGGGACCACUCAACCAGCUUUUGCGAUUCUGUAUACUGAAAUGUAUAGUAUUUUUCCUUUGCGAUCUAAUCCAGAUCUGCUGUUUAGUCGACUCACUGUUGUAUGUGGGAUGAUGGUGGUGAUUGGAAUUCUACGUUUUGUAGCUAAUGUCAGUCAGAGUUUACUUUUCGGAAAAUCAGGCGGUAUAUUAGUUAGUCGCCUACGAUCAAAAGUUUUUGAGAGCAUGCUAAAUCAAGAAAUAGGAUGGUUUGAUAAACCGGAGAACCAAGCAGGAGCAUUAACUGCAAAACUGGCCAAUGAUGCUAUGAAAGUGACAAUGAUUUCAGGUUCACAAUUGGGUUUCAUCAUAGAAGCUGUAGCAUUGAUAGCUAUGUCUUUUGUGGUUUCGUUUAUCUACAGUUGGCAACUGACUCUCCUAAUAUUAGCCUUCUAUCCACUUAUUGUCAUUGGAGGAUUUUUCCAGAAAUAACUUGAAAACGAUAUUUGUAAAUGCCAUUAUGUACGCUAUUGCAGAAAGUGUAUUGUUGUUCGCAGUAGCUGCUGCGUAUUCACUUGGUGCACACUUGGUUUCAACAAAAGCAAUAACGGUUUUAGCAGUGUUCAGAACUUUUCACACACUAUUGAGCCUGGUCAAACAGUCGCAUUAGUUGGACCUUCUGGGUGUGGAAAAUCAACACUACUUCAGUUAGUAUUGAGAUUCUACGAUCCAUCAUAUCACGGUCCCGAUAGUGGUGUGUUUUUCGAUGAUAUAAAUAUUAGGGAUAUUGCACCUAGUUGGGUUAGAAAACAGAUUGGUCUUGUUUCACAAGAACCCACUUUAUUCGAUCUCACGAUAAGAGAGAAUAUUGCGUAUGGAGACAAUAGUCGAGAAGUGACGAUGGAAGAGAUUAUUGAGGCAGCACGUGCAGCUAACAUCCAUGAUUUUAUUACAACACUUCCAGAACAAUAUGAAACCAAAGUUGGACAACGUGGAUCAAAGUUAUCUGGAGGACAGAAACAGAGGAUAGCCAUUGCACGAGCUUUAGUUCGUAAACCUGUUUUACUUGUGUUGGACGAAGCUACUUCAGCUUUGGACAAUGAGAGUGAGCGGAUAGUUCAAGAAGCCCUUGAUGCUGCUAUGGGGUCGAGAACAUCAUUAGUUGUUGCUCAUCGCCUGUCCACAGUCGUCAAUGCUGAUUUGGUAGUAGUUUUACGGGAUGAACGAAAGAUAGAGUCAGGACCUCCAGCAGCACUGCUCGCUAAGAAAGGAGCUUUCUAUGCUUUGCACCACAUGGAGAAUUAAAUCAUCUCAUCAAACUCAUUCAUCAUUACACAUCAUUUUGGUGUUGUUGAUUUUGAUAUAAAAUUAUUUC